UUAAACAGAUAUGUCGUUUGAAUCAAAAGUUGUGAUUGUUACUGGCGCUAGUUCUGGCAUCGGGGCAGCAAUAGCUAUUGCGUUUGCCAAAGAGAGUGCUAAUCUCGUAAUUGUUGGAAGAAAUGAAGAAAACUUACGAAAAGUCGCAAAACAGUGUGAAAUCAACAAUCGUAUUCCAUAUGUUAUUAAUGCCGAUGUAACUAAUGAGAACGAUACUAAAAGAAUUAUUCAUAAUACAAUCAAAAAGUUUAACAAACUUGAUAUUUUGGUAAAUAACGCUGGAAUUCUUCGGUCUGAUCUAUCUCAAGAUAAUAAAGUUAUCGAAAAAUACGAUGAAAUUAUGAAGACAAAUGUUCGAGCUGUUGUCGAUUUGACAAGGCUGGCAACACCAUUUCUAAUUCAGAGUAAAGGAAAUAUUGUUAAUAUAUCAAGUGUAGCAGGAAGGAAAAUUUCUGGGGGUGAAUACACGUUGUAUUCCAUUACAAAAGCAGCUCUGGAUCACUAUACGAGGGGUAUGGCUAUUACUUUAGGAAAAUAUGGUGUGCGAGUAAAUGCUGUUAGUCCUGGUCUGGUGAAAACAGACAUUUUUGCUCGAGCCGGGUCUACAGUGUCAUUUGAUGAAAUGGGAAUAAAAACUCUUCUUGGCCGCUGGGGUGAGCCUGAAGAAAUCGCAGACAUCGUAACAUUCUUAGCAAGUGAUAAAGCAAAAGGUGUAACUGGAUCAAUUUAUACAUCAGAUAACGGCUACUUGCUUUCAUAGCAGAACUGCAAAGUAUUCAAUUCUUUUUGUUAGAAAUAUUCUGUCAUUCACAAUAAUGUCUCUCUACGUUAUAUUCUAAGAUCCUUGAAAAUUCAUUUAUUUAUUAUAUACGGGCGAACCCUUAUUACAAUAUUAAAACUAUGAAACUGAUACAAUAUUUACUUAACUAACAAAUAAUAAUAUUUAACUAACUAAUCAACACAUCUUAAUUUCUAAUUAUAAAUAAACAUGGUUUUAGUGUGUCUUGCCACAGAUAGUAAACUAGUAUUAUAUAAAUCAAUCCAGUUUAUCUGGUUGUUAGUAGCUUCGCUGAGCCUAAAAAUAGGAGAGUGAUGAACAAACCUUCAUGAAACAAAUAUUUUUUUUUAUUUACUAAAUAAAGUUUAUUUUUCCAAAUCCUUAUAAAAUGAGGCUUUCUUAAAAUUAAUAAUUUGAGAAUACUAAUAAAAUAAAAACAAAUAUUUAUUUGCAAAAUUUAGGAUCUGCUUCUUUGUAACUGAUUAACUUAAAUAUUGUCUUGUGCGACCUGCAUUUACUAUAUCAGAAAAGUGAGUCCAUGAGGAGGAGGAGGUCAUGAUUGAAUAUCUCGACCAAGGAGCUACUGUUACUGGUACUUUAAAAUAAACUAAAGAGAGUUCUCCAAAUUAUUCAUAGAUUCUAUCAUCAAAAAAAACAAAUUGUUUCAUAAGCGGCGGAGAUACGAGAUAAAAAUCUUGUUUUUGUAGUUAAAAACAAGAAAAUUUUAAAAUAAAUAUUUAUUUUAACAAUAUUUUAAUAUAUCAAUUAAUUAUAUAUUGUAAUCUAUUAAAUAAGUAAUCAGAUAAAUAAUUAUGUAUUUAAUCUGCCUUUAAAUUAUAAAAAAACUUGAUGAAGAGAAACAUAUUGCCUAAAUAUCAUUAAAAUAUUUAGUAAGCUUAUCUAUAUAAUGUAUUUUGAAAGACAAAAGGAUAAAUCCAGAGUAUUUCGAUAUUGCAAGCAAUCAGGGUCCGUUUGAAUAGCCGAGUUAUAAAUAGGUACAAAUAAAAACAGAAUUACUGACAAGUUGAGAACACACAACACAACACAACCACGAGAGUCUAGAGCGAGUCACAGUGACGGCACAUAAAUAUUUUUAUAAUAUAUAUAAUAAUAAAUAAACGUUAAUACCGAUUUUUAAUUUAAUACGAUUGAAUAAUUGUAACCAUAUUUUAUUUUUGAAUUGUAAUCUUUCUUUUUCAUAUAAUCAAUUUGAGAUUCCUAUGAAACAACAUGUAAAAAUAAAACCGAUUACCUAUUAUGAUUGUAUGUAGUCUUUGGGUCAGAUAUGUCGGCCGUCAUCAUAAUUCGUCAGGUUUAAAUACGCGUUUUGAUUCAUAAGUGUUCGUUUGAUGCAAAUAUUAGCUACUAAUAUAAUAAAAUAUGUAAAUAAUUAUGGUCCCAUCUUCAUCGGUUCUGGGGCGCAUUUCGACAUUGUCCUAUGUUUCUAAAUAUUUGAUUCUAAAUAACUCUUAAUAAAGAUUAUUACUUAUUCAUAUUA